UGAGGAGAAGCUCUUCGCGAACUUUCUCUUUCUCCCUUGGCCCGAACUAUGCCUGACUCCCUCAUAGGAGUUGGGUAGUGUACGCAAGAGAAGAAAACCCUUGCAGGCCAGUGCCGCGGCAAACUGGUCCUACUUCCGACUCCCGGGCUCCGGAAGGUAGCGCGCAAGCGCCCCCUGCGACUCCGGCGCAGUUGACUUCCGCUCCCACUGUGCUCUGCGAGCCGAAUCAUGGAUCACACUGACAAUGAGCUACAAGGCACUAAUAGUUCUGGAUCACUGGGUGGUCUUGAUGUUCGAAGAAGAAUUCCUAUAAAGCUGAUCUCUAAACAAGGGAACAAGGCCAAAGCUGCACCGCGCACUCAGAGGACUGUAAACAGAAUGCCUGCAAAGGCUCCACCUGGCGAUGAAGAAGGAUUUGAUUAUAAUGAAGAAGAACGGUAUGACUGUAAGGGGGGUGAACUGUUUGGAAGUCAGCGAAGAUUUCCUGGACACCUUUUUUGGGACUUUCAGAUAAACAUCCUUGGUGAAAAGGAUGAUACACCAGUUCAUUUCUGUGACAAGUGUGGAUUGCCUAUUAAGAUUUAUGGGCGAAUGAUUCCAUGCAAGCACGUGUUUUGCUAUGAUUGUGCUAUUUUACAUGAAAAAAAGGGAGAUAAGAUGUGUCCAGGCUGUAGUGAUCCUGUGCAGCGAAUUGAGCAGUGUACACGGGGUUCUCUCUUCAUGUGUAGCAUUGUUCAAGGGUGCAAGAGAACAUAUUUGUCUCAGAGAGACUUACAGGCUCACAUCAACCACCGCCAUAUGAGAGCUGGAAAACCUGUUACCCGUGCUUCACUUGAAAAUGUUCAUCCUCCUAUUGCCCCACCACCAACUGAAAUCCCUGAUCGUUUUAUAAUGCCGCCAGACAAGCACCAUAUGAGCCAUAUUCCGCCAAAGCAGCACAUCAUGAUGCCACCACCUCCUUUGCAACAUGUGUCACAUGAGCACUAUAAUCAGCCACAUGAGGAUAUUCGUGCUCCUCCAGCAGAAUUGCCCAUGGCUCCACCUCCACCUCGUUCGGUCAGUCAGGAAACCUUUCGUAUUUCAACAAGAAAACACAGCAAUUUAAUAACUGUCCCUAUUCAGGAUGACUCAAAUUCAGGUGCUAGAGAACCACCACCUCCUGCCCCAGCACCUGCUCACCAUCAUCCUGAAUAUCAGGGUCAACCAGUGGUAUCACACCCUCAUCAUAUUAUGCCUCCACAGCAACAUUAUGCACCACCCCCUCCUCCUCCACCACCAAUAAGCCAUCCAAUGCCACAUCCUCCCCAGGCUGCAGGUACUCCUCACUUGGUUUAUAGCCAAGCUCCACCUCCACCAAUGACCUCUGCUCCACCACCAAUAACCCCUCCCCCUGGACAUAUUAUUGCCCAGAUGCCACCUUAUAUGAAUCAUCCUCCUCCAGGACCUCCACCACCUCAACAUGGUGGUCCACCUGUAACUGCACCCCCUCCUCACCAUUAUAAUCCUAACUCUUUACCCCAGUUCACUGAAGAUCAAGGAACUCUGAGCCCUCCAUUUACACAACCAGGGGGAAUGAGUCCUGGUAUAUGGCCUGCACCAAGAGGGCCGCCGCCGCCUCCACGAAUGCAGGGUCCGCCUUCUCAGACCCCACUUCCUGGACCACAUCAUCCUGAUCAGACAAGAUAUAGACCAUAUUACCAAUGAUAAUAGUAUUUGCAACUGAAGACAUGGAAAAAAUUAUGUAUAGUCAAUCUUUUAAUUAAGCUUUGACUGUUUUGGGAAGGAAAAGCACCUCUUAUUGAGGUGGCUAUAAAACUCUUAGGGUCUUGUCUCUUAAAAUAUUUUAAAUCUCCACCUUAGGAUUGAUUUCAAGUGCUAUACUGUAGUGCAGAUAAGUGGCUCGGGAGAGCACAGCUAUAUUUUAACAACUUUGUUCCCCUAGUGUGGUAAAUUGAGGUGAUCGUUUGUAAAAAAUUAGAAAAACAUUUUUAUUGUUCCACUUUCAAGAACACUGCUUUUGUUAAACCCAGUUUCAUUUUUCUUGUGAUACAUUUUGUUAACCUGUGUAAAAGGAUUAAAUUUCAAUAUGGUUGUAAAAAUGCUAUUUUUAUGUGAAUUUAAGUGCAGCCACAUACUGUUUUUUAAAACCAUAUGUUUUACCACUAAUUUCCCAAAGUUACAAUAAAAUCCUAAAAGUAAAAAUCUACUAGAAUUUACUGUAAGGCAGACUGUUAAAUGGUAGAAAAUUUACACAUUUUAGGCACUGAAAUUUUGAGGUAUAAAGUAUAUAAUGCACUUCACUUGGAUGCCUUUUCAUUUGUAGGCAGCCUCAGGAGCACCGAAAUACAACGAAAUUCCAGUAUUGAGAUAUAUUUAUGUUUGUAAUAUAUAAGGCAUUACUAAUUAUUUGGAAAGAUAAGGCCAAAAUAGUAGGCUCUGUAGGCUUCAGGUUCUUGGGGGAUGCUGUUACUCAUUAAUGCUUUUUAAUGAAUGGUUGGAAUCACAUGAUUCACCACACUUAGUAAUCUUAGUAACGUUACAUAGCACUGUUUAAAUGGUGUUCUUUAGAUGAAGUGAGUUCUACUCUGUUCAUUGUCUUAAACUAAAUAUUUAGGGCUUAAUAGGCUUUAUGUAUUCCUCAUUUCAUGACAGCUUGAUCCUGUGCUUAAGUGGGGUCUUGUUUCUUGGGUUUUAAGUUACAGUUUGAAUGCCAUGGAGGAAUCUGAAUACUGUAUUAAUGAAGGACAUUCUUGUAGUCACAAACUUCCAUUGCUCAGGUUUCAUUACUGUGUGAUAAGGGUUCUUUAACUUGAAAUUUUAAAACUAUUAAUGAUUUCCUUUUUCUUUUAUUGGUUAAGCAGUCUAAAACUUGGGAUAUUUUAACAUGGAGUCAGCAGUGAAGAUUACCAGAUGAUUUUGUAUUGGAGAAGAGAAAAGUAAUGACUAAAUUAUGAAUUUCAGUGCUUUAUAAGGUGCCUUUAGAGUCAGCUUUUGCAUUAUAGGGGCUUGUUAUAGUCCACCUAAGAUGACCACUCAGUUUCUACAGAAUUCAUGUACAAUUCAUUAUUCAUAGGAUGUUACUAUAUAUCCUUUGAAUAAACCCCUGUGAAGUAUUUCCUCCCCCUAAAAUGGUGCAUAAUAUAAACAUGAAAUGUGUAGUAUGCAGAUAUCCUUUAUUGAAUAGUUUGUAGUGUAUAAAUUUAGAACAUUUCUUUUUGACAAAGGGUGAACUGAUUGCUAAUUUACCAUUUAAUUAUGUCAGGUACAGGCAAAACAGUUUCUCAUCUUGAAUAAUCAGAUGCUAAGUCAUCUGUGAACUUAGAGCUGAAGUUAGAAAUAAUAUAAAUGGCCAUUUCAACCUUGACCAGUCAAAAAUAACUACAACACACUUUUAAAAAUGAUUUUUCACCAUUUAAUUAUGUCAGGUACAGGCAAAACAGUUUCUCAUCUUGAUUAAUCAGAUGCUAAGUCAUUUAUGAACUUAGAGCUGAAGUUAGAAAUAAUAUAAAUGGCCAUUUCAACCUUGACCAGUCAAAAAUAGCUACAACACACUUUUAAAAAUGAUUUUUCACACCUGUCAAUUUGAGAGUCCAGUGUUAAUGUAAUAUUUCUGGUGAGAAAUUUUUGUUAUUAGAAGCAUGGAAGUGAAAUAGUGUGAAAAGUUGGUGGUGAGUGCUUCUAUCAAAUUACUGUAGGUACUCGGACUGGUGCAAACUUGAUUCCCUUUCAUGCUAAUAUAUAGGAACUGUUAUAAAGUGGUAUCGAAAAUCUAAUACCAUUCUUUGUUUCAUGUAAUAAGAGAAUAGCCAAAUUCAUUUUAGAGCUCAACUAUUUAUGAAGAACUGUUCUGUUUUAUUGAAAUUUGCUAGAGUUGAAUGUGGUUAUGAAACCACUUAGCCUAUAUGUAUUGGACAUAAAAAAAAUAGUAUCAUGAUAAAAUCCCACAUAUUAAGAGAAUUCUAGGCUUUUAAAAAUGAUUUAUUUUCAUUUAGGUUUAAGAAAUACAAGUUAUGCAAGGAGGCAAAUCAGAUGAAUGUGUUGUAACAGACACAAUUUUUAAAUGUGUUAGACUUGAAUUCAUUCAGUUAUUGUUUGAAUGAGGGUGGGUGGGUAUAAGGAUAACAAAAUUACUGCUAGUGUUUCUUUCUUUGAAGAAAAAAGAUGUGAAUUCCAGCCGUAUUUCAGGGAAGCCUUUGAAACUAUAAUGGACACAGUCUAAAUUAAAUGUAUGUAUGUUUCAUUAUAUUGCUCUUAAGACUACUGAGGUGGCAGUUUAAUUCUUAAAAACAAUAAAAUGGAAGCAUAAAUACUAUUUUGCCUAAAUGAGUUUUUACCUGACGAUGACACGUUUGGGGGAAUGCAGAAUUUUCCAUGUUUCUGUUGAUAGAAUUUUUACAGACAAUUAGACUCACUUUUGGAGAUUAAAUGAGCAAGUUGAAUGUUAAAUUUCUUCAGUGGCAUGUUUGUUCAAAGUUAUAUAGUAUUUGGGGAAAUAGUUGCAAAGAUCAUAUGUCCAUUUUGCCCUUUGAAAACCACUGGCUCAAUUAUUUUGUAAAUACUAACUAGAUACCACUGAACAUUCAAUGGAAAAGAUACUUGAACAUAUUUUUAAACUCACAUAGUGAACUUACUGUGUGAAGUAUACAGAGAUGCUCUAGGCUUGGUUCUAACAUACUGGAAGAGUACCUUUCAUACACCUUUUUGGAAAAGCCCUGUAGUCCUAUUUAAAAAAAAAAAUUGUGAAAAGUCCUGUAAAUACAUGGAAAAAACUCACGAAUAUCUAAAACAGAUACUUUUCUAGUUAAUAGAUUAGCCAUCAAAUUGGUAUAUUUAUGUUAAUUGAAGCUUAACCAUAUUUAUACGUUUUCUGAAGUGAAUAUUUUUCACUGUAACUAAUUUUUUAAACUGUGACCUUGAAACCAAGCAGAAUUAUUGUAAUUUAUGCAUAAUCUAAUAAAACAAUAGUGGAUAUCCUAGACUUAAAGAGGAGAGGGAGGUUAGCCACUUAAAAUACUUAGUAGUAGUGAUACUAAUAAAAACAUUUGGAUUUUCAAAUAUUUUUGUUUUGAUUUAUGCCCUUUCAAUUUCCCAUCAUUGAGGGAAAAGGUGUUAUGUAGAAUUCUUUUUUAAAGGAUUUUAUUUAUUAAUUUUGUGACAGGAAGGGAGGGAAACAUUAACAUGUGGUUCCCUCUCAAGUGCCCUGCAACCCAGGCAUGUGCCCUGACCAGGAAUCAAAUCAGUAACCCUUUGGUUUGCAGCCCAGCACUCAAUCCACUGAGCUACACCAGCUGGGGCUUAAGGUGGAGUUCUUAAAUGAACGUUUCAGUGUUCAAGUUUCAUUGUCCCAUCUCCCUAUCUUUAAGAAUUUUAAGGCAUUACAGAAUCAAAGGAUUGAAACGAACAGUGAUAGAUCUUGGGUUUAGCUCUCACAUUGGACAGGAUCAUGCCAUUUUAAAAAUCUAGCAUUUUGAAACGUUAAUUUAUUACCUCAGAGUAUUCCAUUUUUAUUUUUAGUAGUUGUAAGCACAGUUUCAGACUAUAUUUAAAUCCAUUUCUUACUCUACCUUUAAAAUUGUCCUCCCUUUGCUUCCAGAUUGAAAAAUCGUACUCCCUUUUCUUGCUGUGUUCUUUCCAAAACCUCUUAUUUUUGUUUUUAAAUCUGCACUCAUUUUAACGACGCAAGUGAUACAUCUUUUAGGGAAAAAUGUAAUAUUACAAAUAAAGCUGAAGGUCCCCUUGACCACUGAUGCAGUGAACAUUAUCCUUCCAGAGGUAACUACUGUUACAAUUUUGUUGUGUAUAUCUAGUAAUUGUAGUUACAGAGCUGACAUCUAAAUAGGCUUCAUGCUCUGGUUAAGCAUAUUAAUCCAUGGUAAAUGUAAUUUCAUGAUCUGUACUCAAUAAAUAUAUACUG